AUGGAUAAGAUAGUUCCACAGACCAGUGAGAUUUUUGAUGAUUUUACAAUCAUUGACGAACCGUUUGUCAUACGAGACAACCACCCAAUUUUAGCUCAUAUACUGCUUCCCAGGGAUUCGUCGUCGAAACCACACCCGGUCAUUAUAAAUUGGCAUGGCGGAUACUUGGUAGCAGGACACGGCCUGUUCCCCCUCUUUUUCCCGCCGCUACUGCUUCAACUUGCCAAGAAACAUUCAGCCAUCAUCGUCUCUCCGGACCAUACUUUGCUACCCCACAAAGACGGCCUUGCCGUGAUCCAGGAAGACGCAGAAUCUUUUCAUGUUUGGCUGCACUCGUGGUUCCCAAAGGUGCUGGCUCAAAGGACUUCACACUGCGAAGUUGAUUUGACGCGGACUUUGCUGCAUGGAAGCUCCUCGGGCGCUUACGUCGCCAUGUCCUCUGCUCUGGCGCACCCCGACUCCUACCGAUCUCUCAGUCUCAUGUAUCCCAUGAUCGAUUUUGACACUGAAUGGUGGCGUCGAGGCAGCCGCGCUGCCGGGGCGCCAAAUCCAGGCUGUUUGCCCGAUGCCGCGUUCCCCGCUGAUGACGGCGCCGUGAGGGCCGAGCUCGAGAGGUUUCUGGAGGCCCCCAUCGUCACGAUGCCCAAAGCAGAGCGUGAUGGCUUUGGUGCAUGGGUUGCACGCGCCGGUUUGUUCCCGGAGCUGUUCAAUCCCGGCGGCAAGCUGGACGACCACCCAACCGUGUGGCUGAACCGCCGUGUGCAGCAAGGGGCCAAGCUUCCCGAGCGCAUCUGGGUGUUGCACGCCGACGCGGACACGGUAGUCCCCAUUGAGACCUCGCUUACCUUCCAAGAGACAAUGAAGGGGCAACAGCGGCCGGUGCGGUUGGAUAUCGUCGAGGGGCUAGACCAUUGCUGCGACAUGGCGAUCACGGAGGGUUGGAAGGGGUCGCAGGAUCCUGUGAUACUAGAAGCUGCCGACUGGCUAGUUGAGAAGUGGCUGGAGUAG